AUAGAUGAAAUGACCAACCAAUCUUCUGUGAGAGAGUUUGUUCUGAUGGGAUUUUCUGAUGAUCCAGAUUUGCAAAUAUUGCAUUCCGUGAUGUUCCUUAUUGUUUACGUAACAGCUUUAACAGGGAAUUGUCUCAUUAUAAUAGCAAUGGCAACUGACCACCACCUUCAUAGUCCAAUGUACUUCUUUUUGGUCAACCUCUCCCUUUUAGAUAUUUGUUCCAUCUCCACAACAGUUCCAAAAUCCAUAGCUGUUUCAUUGACAAACAACAAAGCAAUUUCCUUUGCUGGAUGUGUUACUCAGACCUUUUUGAUGGUUAUAUUUGUUGGCGGUGAACUUGCUUUGUUAACUAUCAUGGCUUAUGACCGUUAUAUAGCCAUCUGCCGUCCUCUCCAAUAUAGGCUGAUCAUGAAUUGGAAUGCCUGCAUUCAAAUGGUAGCAAUCUCCUUUAUAUUCAACCUGAUCCAUGCAGUGUUAGAAACUUGUUUGACUUUUCUAUUAGACUUCUGUAAGUCUAAUGUGAUUGGCCAAUAUUUCUGUGAUGUUCCUCAGCUACAAAAGAUUUCUUGCACAGAUACAAAAUUCAAUGAAACUUUAAUUCUUGUUGGUGGGUUCUUUUUGGAUUCUUUUAUUUUUGCAUUCAUCUUUGCUUCAUAUACCCAUAUCUUUUCUGCAGUGAUGAAAAUGUCAUCAGUGCAAAGCAGGCAUAAAGUUUUUUCCACCUGCAUUCCCCACUUAACUGUUUUUUCUUUAUUUAUCAUCACUGCAGUAUUUUCCUAUAUGAGACCCAAAUCACUCUCUACCCCAUCUGUGGAUUUGCUUUCUGCUGUUUUGUACACAAUCUUGCCACCAGUUUUGAAUCCUAUUAUUUAUAGCUUCAGGAACAAGGACCUACAAAAGGCUCUUAUAAAAAUACUUUUAAAAUAA